CGUUCCCAUUUUCUCACAUUAAACAACAUCCUCCAACUUUCUCUCUCUCAAGUCUCAAGAUCAAGGCCAAACGCCAAAGACCCACUUUUUUUUCUUCCAAUUGUUUGUUUCAGAUCGAGUUACUAUGUGGGCGAGGGUAUGAAGAUAAUUAAUUAUGUUGAAUAAUAAUAAUAAUAAUUGUGUUUGGGUAGAAUAGGUCAUGGCAUCCACAGAACUGAGCUUGGAAUGCAAGGUUCAAAGCUAUUCCAUGCUGCUUAAAUAUUCUUUUGGAGAUCACCAGCUGCACACACCCGCCGCCGUCGCUACCGCCGACCAGUCCUACGAUAAGCUUCGGGCUUUUGUCUCCCGCCUUGAGGAAGAGCGCCUCAAAAUCGACGUCUUCAAGCGGGAGCUUCCUCUUUGCAUGCAGCUUUUAACCAACGCUGUGGAGACCUCAAAGAGGCAGCUUCAAGCCUGCAAGACGAUUGAAGCACCAACACCAAAGCCAGUUCUUGAAGAAUUCAUGCCGCUGAAAAAUUCAACGCCGGCGGAGGAUCAAAAUCCGGCGACUAUUUCCGACAAAGCAAACUGGAUGACGUCAGUCCAGCUUUGGAGUCAGGAUGCGAGCGACGCAACCAAACACCAGUCCAAACAAGACUCUAAUAAUUCUUCAGAAACUAGUAACCACAGAUCCGUUAUUAAUAAUAAUAACAAUAAUGGAGCUUUCAUUCCGUACUCCGGCCCACGCGCCGCCGCCGAGAAAGUGCCCGAAAUGGAGUUAUUAGAGAAAGCACCUAAUAAUAUUAUUGGUGGCGGUGGCGACGAGCAAAGGGAUCGGGUGGGAUUAUUGACUGAGUCGACGCCGAGUUGUACGACCAGUUCUAAUGCAAACUCUACGAGUCAGACUCACCGGAAGGCCAGGCGGUGCUGGUCGCCGGACUUGCACCGGAGAUUUGUUAAUGCUCUUCAGAUGCUCGGUGGUUCUCAAGUUGCCACACCAAAGCAGAUUAGAGAGUUGAUGAAAGUUGACGGCUUGACAAACGACGAAGUAAAAAGCCAUCUGCAGAAAUAUAGGCUCCAUACGAGAAGACCGGGUCCAACCCAACAAGUAGCAUCCGGACCGCCACCGGCUCAGCUCGUCGUACUGGGUCUGGGCGGGCUUUGGGUACCGCCGGAGUACGCGGCGGCGGCUGCGGUGGCGCAGGGUGGGGCGCCCGCCCUGUACGGCCAAGCACCGCCCACAUCCCAUCCACCUUCCCACUUCUACACCCCGCCUGCAGUACUGCCGCAAGAGUUUUAUACAAGAACGCCGCCGCCGCCGCAUCAUCUUCAGCACCCGUCUCUGCAACAUCAUCAGGUGCAGUUGUACAAGGGGCCGACGCCGCAGACUGCAGGAAGCUCACCGGAAUCGGAGGCGAGGGGCACGAGGGAGCGGUCGGAGAGCUUCCAGGAGGAGAAAUCGGGGAGCAGUAGCUGGAGAAUCGAGGGCGGCGAAAAUGGCGACGAGAGAAUUAAGGGGCGGAGAUCGAGAUCCGAGGAGGGUGGAGAAAGUAAUAGAAGUGAAAUUACUCUUAAAUUUUAAAGGGAGCGUAUAAUUAAUUACAAUUUGUUGGUUUGUUUUCUGGAUUGAGAAGUUUUAGGAGUUCUAUAAGUUAAUAUCCUUUGAAUUUGUCGAAGAAAGAAAAAAUUGUAAGGAUUAGUUGAAAGCAAAAUCUUGAGCCUUAGUAUACGUAGUUUAUUUUGCUGUAUAUUAAAUAUUUUUAAUAAAUUAAUUAUAUGAACUUGA